UAGAUGUUGGCAACAAAGUCUUGCUGCGGCGCGUAAAUAUUUUCAUUUAGGUUUUACGUUUAAUAAUAUCAUUUUUGAUGUUUUUUAAUAGAAUUUUUGUGAUUUGACCAUUGAAAAAUGGGGUUUUUAAAGUGCAUUGAAGUGGAGAACUUCAAGUCUUAUAAAGGGAAGCAGGAAAUUGGAGUUUUAAAGCCGUUUACAGCUAUUAUUGGACCUAAUGGCUCAGGAAAAUCAAAUUUUAUGGAUGCCAUUAGUUUUGUGUUAGGAGAAAAAACUUCAUGUUUGAGAGUUAAAAAAUUAAGUGAACUGAUUCAUGGAGCUCCCAUAGGUGCACCUGUGGCUAAUCGAGCCCAUGUGACAGCCAUUUAUUGUGAAAGUGAACAUACUGAUAUACAUUUUACUCGGAUUGUUGCUGGUUCUUCUUCAGAGUACAGAAUUGAUUCAAAGUCUGUUACUCAUAAUGAAUACACCAGUCGAUUGGAAACUUUAGGCAUCAAUGUCAAAGCAAAAAACUUCCUUGUAUUUCAAGGUGCAGUAGAAUCAAUUGCCAUGAAAAGUCCUAAAGAAAGAACUGCUUUGUUUGAAGAAAUCUCACACUCAAUUGAACACAAAGAUGAAUAUGAAAAAUUAAAAGCUGAAAUGAUGAAAGCAGAAGAAGAUACGCAAUUCACUUAUCAAAAGAAAAAAGGUAUAGCUGCUGAAAAGAAAGAGGCUCGUUUGGAAAAAGAAGAGGCAGAGAAAUAUCAGCGUCUUAAAGAAGAUUUGGCCUUUAAGCAAAUUCAUUAUUAUCUGUUUAAACUGUUCCACAAUGAGCAAGAUUUAGAAAAUUUAACUGAGGAGCUUGCUGAUAAAAAUAAAGAUCUUGAAAAAGCAUGCAGAAAAAAGGAAAAGAUUGAAGAGGAAAUUAAAGAAAAGAAGAAAGAAUUUGGGAAAAUGCAAAGAGAAUUUUCAAAAAUAGAGCAGCAGAUACGAGAAGCAGAAGUGGAGCUGAAUAAAAAGAGACCUACUUAUAUAAAAGCAAAGGAAAGAACAACUCAUAUGCAGAAAAAACUGGAAACUGCUAAGAAAUCUUUGAAAGCUGCCAAGAAAGUUCAUGAGGCACACGAAGGCGAAAUCAAAAAUUUAGAAGAUGAGCUGCAAGAAAUUGAAAAUAACCAAGAAGAUUUUGAACAACAGCUUGCUGAAGAAUCAAAAGUUGAAGGUCGAGACUUAACUCUUCAAGAUUCACAAGUUGAAGAGUAUAAUCGACUAAAAGAAGAAGCUGGAAAACUUUCAUCACGUUAUCUGCAAGAACUAGACUCGGUAAAUAGAGAACAGAAAUCUGACCAAGAUCGUUGUGAUAAUGAAAUUCGUAAAAAAGCUGAAGUAGAGUCGAAAAUAAAGCAAAAACGAGCAGAACUAGAGGAAAAUGUUAGAAGACUUGAGAAGCUUACUGAAUACAUCAGAACUAGUGAAACCGGUUUAACAGACUUGCGCAAGCAGGAAAAAGAGAUUGGUGAAGAAGUCCAGGAAGCAAAAAAGAGAGUUGCUGAAAUUAAUGAAGAUCUGGAGUCAAUUAUGAAUGAACUUGGCGAUGCAAAGGUUGAUAAGCAUGAAGAUUCAAGACGUCGUAAGAAAGCUGAAAUAGUGGAUCAUUUUAAGAGACUUUUUCCUGGUGUUUAUGACAGACUUGUUAAUAUGUGUCAGCCUAUUCAUAAGCGAUACAAUGUUGCAAUCACGAAAGUCUUGGGUAAGAAUAUGGAAGCUAUUGUUGUAGACACUGAGCGAACCGGUAGAUCUUGUAUUCAGUAUUUGAAGGAACAGAUGCUUGAAGCUGAAACUUUUUUACCACUUGAUUACAUUGAUGCCAAGCCUCUGAAAGAAAGAUUGAGGAACAUUCACCAACCUAAAAAUGUAAAAUUGCUGUAUGAUGUACUACAGUAUGAUCCUCCUGCAAUCAAGAGAGCCGUGUUAUAUGCUACUAAUAAUGCAUUGGUGUGUGAAACAGCUGAAGAUGCUAACAGAGUUGCUUAUGAACUUGGAGAUAACAAAAGAUAUGAUGCUGUUGCUCUUGAUGGAACAUAUUAUCAAAAGAAUGGUUUUAUAUCUGGAGGAAGCACUGAUUUAGCAAAGCGUGCUCGUCGUUGGGACGAAAAGGCUGUUCAUACUUUGAAGUUCAGAAAAGAAAAGCUUACGGAAGAAUUGAAAGAAAUGAUGAAGAAAACAAGAAAAGAGUCUGAUUUAACUACUAUCCAAUCUCAAAUUCGUGGCUUGGAAACACGUUUAAAAUAUUCUGUGACUGAUAAAGAAAAUACAGAAAAAAGAGUUAUUGCUGGCCUAGAAAGAGAAAUAUCAGCGUUAGAAAGAGAACUCGAUACCUUUGAGCCCAAAAUUUCUGACCUUGAGGAAAGAAUGAAAGACCGAGAAAGCAGAAUAAGUGACGUCAAGGAGUCAAUGAAUACUGUGGAAGACAGAGUUUUUGCUGACUUUUGCCGUUCAAUAGGAGUUGAAAAUAUCAGACAAUAUGAGGAAAGAGAACUUCGAGCCACACAAGAAAGAGAUAAGAAACGUUUAGAAUUUGAAAAUCAGAAGAACAGAAUAAUCAACAGGCUUGAAUAUGAGAGAUCAAAAGAUACUCAUGAAAAUGUGAAAAAAUGGACAAAGACUGUUGAAGAUGAUGAAAAAGAACUCGAAAAACUGAAAAAGGCUGAGGCAACUCAAAUGCAAUUGAUAGAUGAUGACAUGCAGAACCUAGAAAAACUCAAAAAUACUAAAAUUUGUAAAAAGCAAGAUGUUGAUAAGCUUGAGGAGUCUACUAAUGAAAUCAGAAAAAAGUUAACUUCUGCACAAAAAGAUAUUACUGCCGUUCAGAAACAAGUCACAUCUCUUGAAACAAAACUGGAGCAAAAGAAGGCUGAUCGUCACAGUUUAUUCCAAACUUGCAAGCUUGAUGACAUCAAAUUACCAAUGAUUGAAGGUUCUAUGGAAGAUAUAGAUCAUACUACUUCAAGUCAACAAGAUGAUGUGGAGAUGUCUGAUGUUUCGGGAAGUCAAAGCACCCAAAGGGUGUACGAGAGAGAAGCAAAAAUAAAAGUUGACUAUUCUGAUUUAAAUGAAGACUUAAAAGAAUUGGAUACCAAUGAUGAAAUCAAAAAGGAAGGUGAUCGCUUAAAUAAAGAAAUUAAUGACAUGCUUUCCAUCUUGAAAAGAAUUCAGGCACCAAAUAUGAAAGCUAUGGAAAAGCUUGAUGGGGUUAAAGAAAGGUUGAAGGAAACGGAUACUGAAUUUGAAAAUGCCAGGAAACGAGCUAAAAAGUCAAAACAAACAUUUGAAAAAGUCAAACGAGAAAGAUAUGAUAAAUUCAUGAAAUGCUUUGAUCAUGUUUCUAAUAAAAUUGAUGAAAUUUAUAAAGCUCUUACCAACAACCAAAGUGCCCAGGCCUUUUUAGGUCCUGAAAAUCCUGAAGAACCCUAUCUUGAAGGUUUGAACUAUAACUGUGUAGCUCCCGGUAAAAGAUUUCAACCUAUGAGUAAUUUGUCUGGAGGAGAAAAAACUGUAGCUGCUCUUGCUUUGUUGUUUGCAGUCCACAGCUAUCAACCUGCUCCUUUCUUUGUUUUGGAUGAGAUAGAUGCUGCUUUAGAUAACACCAAUAUUGGAAAGGUGGCUCGAUUCAUCAGAGAACAGACGGAGACUUCAUUCCAGUGUAUCGUUAUUUCUCUUAAGGAAGAGUUUUAUGGUCACGCAGAUGCAUUAGUGGGAAUCGUUCCUGAUCCCGGUGAGUGUACCAUCAGCCGUGUUCUGACAUGUGAAUUAUCAAGAUAUCCAGAGUAAUAUCUAUAAUAUCUGAACUUGUGUAUAAAAACUCAUCACCAUCUUAUGUGUGUUCCAAAUAUGUCAGUUUUAUAUUUCUGCUGUUGAUGUAGAUACUAAGGAAAAACAUGUAUAUUAUUACAUUUUAAAGGAAGGUUGAAAUCUUGUAAAUUGUCAUACAUUGUUCUGUUAACUAUGGAAUUUCACUCUGUAAAAACUGCAAUUUUUUUAUGUGCUCAACAAUUUUAACUAACAUUAUAUUAUAUUUUUCAUUUAUUUAUUUCUUGUUGUAACAUUUUAUGAUUUAUAUUGUUAUUGAAACAAUUUCUUCUUGUCUGUGUCUGAUUUUUUUUAGCUUUUAAAGACUUAGAACUUAAAUUUGUAUUUCUCUUGUACUUUUAAUUUGCUAAACAUUAAGCAUUCUUAUGAAAAAUAUUUUCAUAUUAUAUUACUAAGUUUUUAAUGACUUAUACAUAUAUAAUGUAUAAAAAAUGUGUUGCUAAAACAUUGUAAGCACUUGUGGUAAUUCAUUAAAUUGUAAUGUGGGAGAUUUUAAAAGUGAUUUUUAAUAAAAUGAUGGAAAUAAAUAAAAUAAAUAUGUCAUGCUUUUAAGAUACAUCAUGUCCAGAUGUUUGAAGAAAAAAGUUGUAUAAAGUUUUGUACGGAAAACUAUUUUAAAAAUAAAAUGCAAUACAAUA